CAGGUAAUGUACCUUUAGCCUGGGUUCACAUAUAUGCAGUGUGGUAUAUCGCAUGUAAUUCGCACAGGAAGGAUUCCUGUGCAAAUCACAUGCGAUUUGUGUGCGGUGCAAUUGGAGCCAUACAUUUUGUAUGGCUCUAUUCGCACCGCACCAGAAACAUGCAGGACCCUUUUUUGGUCCGCACAAGAAUCAGAUCGCAGAGUUGAUUUACACCCAUGCGAUCCGAUUCUGUGCAUCGCACCGCGUUUUGCAGACCGCUUUCGGGGUGUUGUUAACUUAACAUACACACCCGCAGCGGUUCGCAUGAACGGGGUACGAUUCUGAUGUGGAAUUUGCGCAGAAAACGCUGUAAAUUCUGCACCGCAUCAGUGUGAACCAGGGCUUAAACACAU